GCUGCCGUUUGAAAGAGGAGCGGAAAUGUUAAGUCUAGUUCAGAAGCAGAGUCAUGCAGUUAGCAUGCUAGCAGCCUAGCACGUUAGGGUUCUUUUAGAAGACAUGUAGACAAAAGGUUUUGGUAUGUAAGCUUGUUUGGAAAGAGCAGACGGUUGUGAUAAUGGUUGAUAUACAGUAGAAAGAGAUUAGCUAAACAAAAAGGAAGUGAGGUUUGAUGACGGGGGGGGGGCAUCGUAUCGCUAAAGUAGCCAGCUAACUUCAGACAGUGGUGUUCUGAAUACAGAUUGCUGAACGUUUCCAGGACUUAGGUAGCGUUAGAUUACUAAUGCACGGUUAAAAGUAACAGUCAAGUGAAAAUGAAGAUCAUGGAAAGAAAUGUGUUGCGUCUGGCUGCGGUUCAACACCUUCGGACGGCAUUUGGGAUAAAGACAAAAAACUGGAACAAAAACAAAGCAAGCGGCUGCAAGAUGACAGCUAACGAUGGCUACUCGGUGAAAGUGUUUGGGGUACCAUUGGAGAGUCUGCCGCAGCGUAAGGUUGUGUAUGGGGAGGUCCCCUGCUUUCUGGUGGACGCCUGCUCCACUCUCCAGGAGCACAUAGACACAGAAGGCCUGUUUAGAAAAUCGGGCUCCAUUGUUCGUCUGAAAGCCCUGCGGGCAAAGCUGGAUCUGGGUGAGGAGUGCCUCUCCACCGCGCUGCCUUGCGACGUGGCUGGCCUGGUUAAGCAGUUCUUCCGGGAGCUUCCGGAGCCGGUGUUGCCGGCGGAGCUGCAGGAGUCCUUCCUCCGGGCCCAGCAGCUGUCCAGUGCGGAGGACCGGUCCUCUGCCACGCUGCUGCUGUCCUGCGUGCUGCCCCACAGGAACCUCAGCCUGCUGCGAUACUUCUUCAGCUUCCUCUACGAUGUUUCUCAGAGGAGUGCAGCCAACAAGAUGGACAGCAGCAAUCUGUCUGUGAUUCUGGCUCCCAACCUUCUGCAUGCAGGAGACGGGACUGAGAAGAUGAACGCCAACACAGAGAAGCGGCUCAGGCUGCAGGCUGCCGUGGUGCUCUGCCUGAUAGAGAAUGCCCAGGACGUUGGGGUGGUUCCAGGGUUUCUGAUGGAGAAGGUUCCGGCCAUGCUGGGCGGUGAGCUUCUCUCUCCCUCCCUUGAGGAACCUGAGGAGCUGGACUCCUCAGGGAUGAAGAGGAGACGCAGACGAAGCCUGUCCCCAGUCUUCUCCACCACCCCUGUGAUCAUGACGCCAAACAUCAAACGAAAGCUCCCGCUGGAGGCUGGCCACAGCUAUGGCUUCUCCAGCAAGAAGCGGAGAUCCAUCAAAAAGACUCUGGGUAUAGAGUUACUGCCCAACGCUCUGUUUGGGGGCGUAUCCACUCCUGCUCCAGAUCCCAGUGUAUCGACCAUGAAUACUUCCCAGAAUCCUCUGGCUUCAGCUGGGCCAGCCAAUCGGCAGGCAGCUAGCUCUGGGCGGAGGAGGAGCAGGAGGCUGAGUAACAGACAUGCUGUCAGCCGAGUGGAGUCCGGGAAAGCUGGUUGCUUUUCUCCCAAAGUCACUAAGAAAGAGGCAGUCCGCAAAUCCCUCCGCCUGCGCUUCAGUUUGGGGCGGAGCAGCCGAGAGACUGGGUCAGAGGGCAUCGGCCUGAGACUGGCCACGCAGGAGAGAACCAGCAGCAUCUGCCCCAGAGUCCCCACGCCCAGACACCCAGCCCUCAGCUCCACCAUGCCCAGGGACAGGACCUCCUCCCAGGGCUCCAGGUUCAUCAGUAAGUCGGAGGACAACCUCCUCACCCCGCAGUGUGAGGGUGGCGCCCAGCAGACCUCCUGGAGCGGGGACACCCUGGACGCCCCGGGCUUCAGCUCCUUCACCGACACCCCCAUGAACGCGUGUCUGAGGAGCAGUUACUACUCCUCAGAGCCAGCCAUCGUCACCUCCAAGCCCCCAGCCAUCGUCACCUCCAAGCCCCCAGCCAUCGUCACCUCCAAGCCCCCAGCCAUCGUCACCUCCAAGCCCCCCGCUGCAGCUGGCCCGCCCCCGGAGCUGAGCUGCUCCUCCAGGGCAGAGAGCCCGGAGCGGCAGGCCUCCUUCUGUGAGGCCCGGGGCCCGACCGGCCCCACCCUGCCCCAGAUCAGGAGGGCUUUCUCUGUGUCUGCGAGAGACCUGCAGGGCGUCCUAGCAGACCACGGCCCCUCUGCUGGAGGAACCAGGCAACAACCAACCAAGACCAGCCUGAGUCCUGGGCCAAUGCCUCCUCCACCCCAGCCCUACACACCCACGGUUGUGAUCCUGAACAAGGACUUCUCUGGUUUCCCAACCCCACAGAGAGCCCUGGCUGAUGACCAGAACAUCACCUUUGGUCAGAUGGAGAUGGUCCGCUUGUCGCCCCUGCACAUAGACAGCGCUCUGUUUGAGUUUGGGAUGGGUGGCAGUCCUGCAGAGCAGGCUGGUGACGGCCCCCUGGCCAGGGCGGGUGUUGGGAACUGUGUGGAAGAGGAGUCUGGAGAGGAGCAGAACAGCAGCAGGCUGAUAGAUGCUCUGGACAUCCAGAGUCCGGCCCACUUCCAGCUGAGAGCCUCGUCUGGGUUCCAGUCUACCCCCUACAGAGCCUCAGGAUUGGGGCUCCUCCACGACCGGAACUGCCCUCUACCCUCCGCCAAAGCUCUGCUGGUACCCAAGCCUGAUGACGGGGACCUGCCAGGGGCUCGCAGCCCGCCGCAGCAGCAGGCCUCCCCAGGCACGCUGGAGACACGCAGACUACGAGUGGUGGAACACAUCCAGCGCUUCAACAAGCUGACCCUGUACUCUCCCCAGGCCCAGGCUGCCAUGAUCCGCUCCCCGCUCAAGUUCCAGCGGACCCCCGUGCGCCAGUCUGUACGCAGGAUCAACUCCCUGCUGGGGGAGCGGGGAGGCUCGGUGGGCAGGGCGGCCAGCGUGUCAGCUGGGCCUCAGCUCCAGCCCUGCCAGGGUCCAGACAUGGGUGUCUGGGUCGCCCAGGACCGGGUGCACCCCACCAGCACCAGACCUCCAGUCCCGCCCAGGAAGCCAAAUCCCAUGGCCCCAAAGCCCAGGCCUGGGGCGCUGGGAGACCUCACCAACCAGGUGCCCUCCAGAGCAGACGCUGCCCCCUGCAGGAAGACGAGCGCAGGUGGAUGUCAGGGGUCAACGCUGCAGCAGCUGGGGAGGGAGGAGGCACGCUACAGAGGGUCCCCACGGCAACCGCUGAAUGACGGCAGGCUGCUCUCUGCCACCAAACCGAUAGAUCUGUAGUAAAAAAAAAUGCAGGGACCUGCAGCGGGACCUAUGCAGGUCCCGCAGUCUGACUGGGCGACCUCUGAACCCUCCCUUCACAAUGACUCAUUCUUCAUGUAUCAGGGGUUUAAUUUAUUGUGAUUCCUAGUUGCUGUUCUCAGAGAGGUUGUGCUGGCCGGGCUGGAUGAGUAGCUGUCCUCUGCUGGUGCCUUCGCCUGCUAGUUUGAUACUCUUGUGUUGGUCUGAGAGGAGCUUUGCACAUUGUGACACAUCAGUGUAAAUGAAUGAGUGUUGGGUAGUUAUUAUAUUAGUGCAAGCCAAAUGAUGUAUGGUUGGAAUUGUUUUACAUUUAUUGGUAUUUAUCUUAUUCCUAUUUUGGUCUUAGAAAAAAAGAAUAAAAAUCUGUUUGCAGGGGAAAAAAAGUACGAAAUGUAAUUUUUUGAUCAAGGGCUAUGUUUUGGUUUCUUUGUUAGGGUUUUAAAGAUCAAGGCACCUUUUGUAGGUUUAUGAAUAAAUCUACAUUCAUACAGUAUUGAUGUUCCCUUAAAUGUCCUGCUGUCCUUUGAUUUCAAAACCUCUAGUGAAUUUUUUGCAAGUUGAAUGUCUGUUCCAAAACCAAUAAAUACCAAAUUU